GGCCCCGCUCCGAGCCCCGCGGCCCCGGGAGAGGCCCCGGCCCGGCCCCAGCCCCAGCCCCGGGCGAUGGAAGCCGGAGGCUGUUUACAAGAACCGGCGCUCAACGAAAUCAUGGGACAGCUCCGGCAAGAGCUGAGGAAAGCCAAGGAUGACCACAACAUGGCCAUAGGUGCAAUCUCUUCCUUGCAAAGACAGAUGGAGAUCCAAGAAUCCGAGCUUCGGAGAAUCAGAGCUGAAAAGGAAAUGCUCCAGAAGCAGCUCAGAGAGCGAGAAGCCCAGCUCCAAGCUGUGUCUGACAAGUUUUGCAGCAUGACAGAAGAACAGAGGCAGGAAGAAACUGUGGUGAUGAUGGAGGAGGAGAACCGCAACCUUCAUCAGGUUGUUACACAACAGGAAUCCCAGCUGGCUGAGCAGAGCAAGAUCAUCAGUGAGUUACAGGGGACAGUCAACCAGCUGCGGGCCGAGGUUGUGAACACCCGCCUCCACCUCUUGGAGCAGAAACAGGCCCAGAAGGAGAUCCAGAGCCAGGCUGACGAACUGCAGCACACGGCACUGCAAACCAGAGUGGCACUGGAGCAAAUCACCAACAAGUUUGAAAGGUAUCGCAACAAAAUAAUCCAGGCCGUGUUCAGCGUGGAGGGCAGCCAGGAACCCCCGGGGGAGCUCACAGACAACGACGUGCUGGAGGCAAUGCAGAAAAUCAUUAACGAGCGGAUGGAGUUCCAGCAGAUGCUGAAGAGCAAGGGUAUCAAGAUGUCACUGCUCAGCAGCAACAGCCGCACGUCGCCCGCAGCAGCAAGGAGAAAGACCUUCUCCAGGAUAGAAAGGCUCUGAUGGCUGAGCCAGAGCCCAGCACCAGCACCAGGCUCUGGGUUCUCAGCUCAGAACUUGUGCCUUACAACAAAUUAAACUCACUUCACUGACACAAAGUUCUGUGGGUGUUAUCUGAUUCAAUUGUUUCAG